UAUGGUCUGGGCGUAAAAAAACUUCUGUUGCUUCUGUGUGCUCGUAUGCUUUCAACGUUGGAAGGCAAUUCGAUAUCUGCUCUAAUUGCUUUCCAGCCUCGCCAGGUUGCGCUUGCAAGGCAAAACAUGAAGAACAAGGCCACUUCCGAAAUCCUAGAAAAUGAUUCCACAGAGAAAACCCUAACCCUGAAAACGGAGCAGAAGAAGAAGAAAAAACAGAAGAGCAUGGAUUCAUCUCAGAGGGCUCUUCUUCUUCACUCCAUAUCUGCUUAUCUCGACCGUAAUGGGUUCUCGAAAACACUCAAGGCAUUUCGAUCCGAAGCCCUCAGAGAGUUUGAUGAUUGGAAAGGACACUCAUUGGACUUGGAGGAUAUGUAUUACAAGUAUUUGGAUGCAAGCAAUAGUAAAGUGGAGGGAGAUAUCAAUGACUCCAAAGGGCAAGAUUUGCAAAAAGUUGCUUCCAAGAAACCUGAGAGAGUAAUUAAUGGUGAUGAUAUCUCUCAGGAAAUCAUGAAGAAAAAGAGAAAAAAAGGUAAUCUGAGUGAUGAUGAUACAGCAAAUGAACAGCCUGGAGUUGGCAAUGGAUUUGUGAAACAGAUUAGUGACUCUUUUCAGAAGUUAGCAAAUGAUAAAGUUCCUGAACCAGAUAUGAAAGCUAAAGACAAGAAAAAGAAAAACAAAGCUCUUCCUGAUUCUCAUGGUGAAAGUACUCAACAAGGGUUGGAUGAACUAGAUAAAAAGUCUAAGGAGAAAAAGAAAAAGAGCAAAUUGAGCUGUGAAUCUCCUGCCAAUACCUUGGUAGAAGGCCCAUCCGAAUCACUUAAAGAGAAAUCUAAAGAUGUCUCCUUGCAAAAAUGUAAGACUGAUAUUGCUGGAGUUGUAUUGGAAGAUGAAAGUUGGCAAAACAAAGAUAAGAAGAAAAAGAAAAAUAAGCUGGUUUCUGAUUCUCUUGUGAACAAUGCUGAAGAGGGUGGCUCUGAGGAUGUUGAAGAGCUGAGUAAAAGGAAAUCUAAGGAUAAAAUUGGUUCACAAGUAACCAAGCGAGAUACAGAGAAUACCUUGUGUGAAGUUCUAUUGGUUGAGAAUAAUGCUAAAACCAAAGAGAAGAAAAAGAAGGCAGGUAAGUCAGUUUCUGAAACCUUGUGUGGUGGGGAUACAAAAGAAUUUGGUCAAGGAGAUCUAAAAGGCAUUGAUUCCAUGAAGGAAGAUGUUCAUACCUUGGGGGAGAGUGCAGUUGAUGUAGAAAAAAAGAAUUCCAAGAAAAGAAAAAGGUUGGUUUCUGAAGAAAGUGAAUCUCAGGCUGAAGCAAAAGGAAGUAAUAAAGAUUUAAAGGAGGGGAAGACACGGGGUUCAGCCAAGGACAAAGGAACAGAGCAACAUGUAGAGGUAAAUAUGUUAGCGGAGGCUGAUGGACAUGCUGGUAAGAAAAGGAAAACAGAAAAUGGUCAUGUUGAUUCCAAUAAGUCUCAGGAGAUAUCUUCUAAUAAUCAGCUUUAUCCACAUGCCAAUGGAAACCCAGAGAAGGAUGAAAAAGGAUCUGCCAUGCAGAAAAACAUGAAGAAGCAGUGCAAUGGGUCGGCAGAGCCAAAGUCAGUUAAUGCAUUUCGAAGGGUGAAAGUUGAAGAAGUGAAAUUUGUUGAUGAGAGACUUCAAGAUAAUUCUUAUUGGGCAAAGGGCGGUGCAGAAAUUGGCUAUGGUGCAAAAGCGCAAGAAGUUCUGGGACAAGUUAGAGGAAGGGAUUUCCGGCAUGAAAAGACCAAGAAAAAACGUGGCAGCUACAGGGGAGGCCAGAUUGAUUUACAAACCCACUCGGUAAAGUUCAAUUAUUCUUCUGAUGACGAGUGACUAGUGUCUGCAUUUUGUAAACAACAGAUCUCUUGCCUGUAUUUCUUUCUGGGUUCCCAUGCCAAGCAGCUGGAAAGAGCUAAUAGUGAUCAGAGUGCAUUAGUAUGAUGCUGUGAUACUAUCAUUUAUUAAAUCAAAAUUUGAAGUUAUAUUCAAUCAUAGAAAUAUGCCCAUAAUUUUUGCCUUUGGCGGUUUGGCCUUUCUGUGGUGUAUGUGCCUGACAUUGGUAAUCAAUCAUGUAGACUAUGAAUACUCUUUUUAGUUUUUUGAUCUGUUACGUUAAGGAUUCAUCUUUAAUGCAGUUCAUUGUAGCUUGGUUUAUUUUAUCUUAA